AGGCUAUAAAGGGGAUGGCAAACAGUGUGAAGAUGUGGAUGAGUGUGCAACUGAAUACAAUGGUGGCUGUGUCCACGAGUGCAUCAACAUCCCAGGAAAUUACAGGUGCACAUGCUAUGAUGGCUUCCGCUUGGCACACGAUGGGCACAACUGUCUAGAUGUGGAUGAAUGCUCUGAAGGCAACGGUGGAUGCCAACAGAUUUGUGUCAACAUGAUGGGCAGCUAUGAAUGUCGCUGCAGAGAAGGUUUCCUCCUGAGUGACAACCAGCACACCUGUAUCCAAAGGCCUAAAGAAGGUGCAAAGGAGGGACCCACCUGCAUGGAUAAGAAUCACGGCUGUGCACACAUCUGUAGGGAAACACAGAAGGGUGGCAUCUCCUGCGAAUGUCGACCUGGAUUCCAGCUCACCCGUAACAUGAAGGACUGCAAAUUGACAUGUAACUACGGGAAUGGGGGCUGCCAGCACAUCUGCGAGGAGACAGACCAUGGCCCCAAGUGUUCAUGCCACAUGAAGUUUGUCCUGCACAGCGAUGGAAAGACUUGUGUAGAGACCUGUGCAGUGAACAAUGGUGGCUGUGAUAGCACAUGUCAUGAUUCAGUGACAGGAGUCCGCUGCAGCUGUCCCGUUGGCUUCACUCUGCAGCCAGACCGCAAGACCUGCAAAGAUAUUGACGAAUGCCGUCUCAACAAUGGAGGGUGUGAUCAUGUGUGUCGUAACACAGUGGGCAGCUUUGAGUGCAGCUGCAAGAAAGGCUACAAGCUGCUGACCAAUGAGAGAACUUGUCAAGACAUUGAUGAAUGCUCUUUCGACCGCGCCUGUGACCAUUUUUGUGUCAACUCUGCUGGCAGUUUCCAGUGCCUCUGUCACAAAGGCUACGUCCUCUAUGGCCUGGCACACUGCGGAGAUAUUGAUGAAUGCAGUAUUAAUCGAGGUGGUUGUAAAUAUGGCUGCGUUAACACGCUUGGCAGCUACGAGUGUACCUGUCCACCAGGAUACAAGCUGCACUGGAACAGGAAAGACUGUAUUGAGCUGGUGAAAUGUCCUCCUGGACUGGUAGCGCCAAAAGCUACUCUGACCUGCAGCAAGACGGGCAAGAAAGAGAGCUGCUCUCUUACCUGUGCUUCUAAGGCUCACUAUCUGGCAGAGUCUGACAGCAGCUACUCAGUGAGCUGUGGUAUCCCCAUUCUCAGAGGGAAGUCCGCUGCAAGGUUCAACUCCAGCAGCAGUCAGAGCUGCAUAGAGACUUUGGCCCCUCCAGUGAAGCAGACAGCUUCUUUCAAGAUUAAAAACGCCAAAUGUCACCUGCAUCCUAAACUGACAGGCAGGACAGAGGACAGGGGACGGACACUAGGACCAGGUGGGCAGCCCUGUAGUAACUGCCUGGUGACAUUUGUCAACCUCAAAUGCGACUCCUCCAAGAAAGCUAAAGGGCGGCGUGCUCGCAACCCCUCUAACAAAGAGGUAACACGGAUUACUUUGGAGCUGGAAGCUGAGGUCAAACCUGGAGACACUACAGGGAGUUGCAAUCUCAGCUGCCUGAGACAGCGUAUGGAGAAGCAGGUUAAGACAUAUAUCAAGGCUCUGAAGAAGUCCAUCAACCAGGAGCGCUUCCUGAUUCGAGUUGCUGGUUUGGAAUAUGAGGUUGCUCAAAAACUACCCCAGGCUGCUCCCAAUCAGGAGAAUUGUGGCCCAGGCUGGGAAAGGGACAGUGGCCGAUGUGUCAGAUGCUUGCCAGGGUCUUACUACCAUGGUGAGCAGGAGCGCUGCGUCCAGUGUCCGCCUGGCACUUUCCAGGAAAGGGAGGGGCAGCUGGCAUGUGACCUCUGCCCUGGCAGCGAUGGCCAUGGGCCUGUCGGGGCACGAAACAUCUCCUCAUGUGCAGGUCAGUGUCACACAGGGUACUUCUCCAGUGAUGGGUUCAAACCCUGUCAACCAUGCCCUCAGGGCACCUACCAGCCAGAUUUGGGACGGACGCUGUGCUUCCCCUGUGGUGGAGGACUGAGCACCAAGCGGGAGGGUGCAAGCUCCUUCCAUGACUGUGAAGUCAAAGUUCAGUGCUCUCCAGGUCAUUACUACAACACCACAGUACAUCGGUGUAUCCGCUGCCCUGUGGGGACUUAUCAGACAGAAUUUAGACAGAACUACUGUAUUUCCUGUCCUGGAAACACCACCACUGAUUUUGAUGGUGCCACUAGUGUCUCUCAGUGCAAGAACAGGCAAUGUGGUGGAGAGAUGGGUGAGUUCAUGGGUUACAUUGAGUCACCAAACUAUCCUGGUAAUUACCCUGCUAAUGUGGAGUGCAUUUGGAACAUCAAUCCACCCAGCAAGCGCAAGAUCCUAAUCGUAGUGCCAGAAAUUUUCCUGCCAUCGGAGGAUGAGUGUGGAGAUGUGCUGGUUAUGAGGAAGAACUGGUCUGCCACAUCCAUCACCACCUACGAGACAUGUCAGACGUACGAGCGGCCCAUCGCCUUCACAGCUCGCUCCAGACGUCUCUGGAUUAACUUUAAAUCCAAUGAGGCCAACAGCGCCAGGGGCUUUCAGAUCCCCUAUGUCACUUAUGAUGAGGACUAUGAACAGCUUGUAGAGGACAUAGUACGGGAUGGAAGGCUCUAUGCUUCAGAAAACCAUCAAGAAAUCCUCAAGGAUAAAAAAUUGAUUAAGACUCUUUUUGACGUGCUGGCUCACCCAAACAACUACUUUAAGUACACCACUCGGGAGUCCAACGAGAUGCUUCCUCGCUCCUUCAUCCGUCUCAUAAGCAGCAAAGUCUCCGCUUUCCUGCGACCAUACAAGUAAACGUCACACAGCUGCUGAAGCACCGGAUCGUGACCCUUCCCCCAACCCCCCCUUCCACCUUACAGGCUACAUCCCGCAUCUCUCACAGGACUUAAAAAUACAAGACAUACUAGUAUGUUUACCCCUCUCUAAUUUUCCAUAGGCUUUGACAAUAAACACUAUGCAGACCUGAGAAAUACUGAACAUUUGUGUUUUUAGGGGUUAUAGUCAGUUUCAAUUCAGCACAGGUCUGCAAUCCCGAGCUUAUAAGCAUUUAGUGGGGAUGUAGAGUAUGUGAGUGGGUUUGGUUUCUAUUGUGUAGCGCAAUGAAACCAUGAAAACAAUACAAAACCCCUAUUUCAGACAGUAGGAGUGACAUUUUGUGCUUGCAGUUUGAGCUUGAUAGAGCUUGUUGGUGUACUUGCUUAAAUGAGUGGUCUGAAUUGCAGCUUGAACUCCUACCAUAAAGUAUGACUGUAAGUGUUGUGUAACCCUGGUUCCA